AUGAGAGUGGUCACGGUGGCCACGACCUCUCUGAACCAGUGGCAGUUGGAUUUCGUCGGUAACCUCGAGAGAUGCAAGAAAUCAAUCCUCCGAGCGAAAUUGAAGAAAGCAAAGUACCGAGUGGGACCGGAGUUAGAACUGACUGGCUACGGAUGCGAAGACGCGUUUUUAGAGAACGACACGGUAACACACGCGUGGGAACUAGUUCGAGAGUUGAUGAUUGACGAACAGUUGCGAGAUAUUGUCAUCGAUACGGGUUUACCAGUCAUUCACGACGGCGUGAGGUACAAUUGUCGACUGUUUUUGUUGAACGGGAAAGUGUUGUUCCUCAGACCGAAGCGAGCGCUCGCCGGGGACGGGAAUUAUCGAGAGCCGAGAUGGUUCACCGCGUGGAGGAAAGAGAAGGUUUUGGAGACGUUCAUGUUACCAAAGGUCGUGAGAGAGGUGUUCGGGCAAAAGUCGUGUCCGAUUGGAGACGCGUAUUUGAAGUUUGAGAACGACGUGCGACUCGGGUGCGAAACGUGCGAAGAGUUGUUUACGCCGAACGCGCCGCACAUUGAUUUGGCAUUGAAUGGAGUGGAGAUUAUUUCGAACGGGAGCGGGAGUCAUCAUCAGUUGAGAAAAUUAAAUCAAAGAGUGGAUUUGAUUGAAUCCGCGACGAAGAAGAGUGGGGGGUGUUAUUUGUAUAGCAAUCAGAGAGGGUGCGACGGAGGACGGUUGUAUUACGACGGGUGCGCGUUGAUUUCGUUAAAUGGUGAAAUUUUGAAGCAAGGAGAACAGUUUUCGGUGGAAGACGUGGAAGUGAGCGUCGCGAGAGUGGAUUUGGACGAGAUUGUGUCUUUUCGAGCGGCAGUAGCGAGUCAACAGGUGGAGAUGGCGGGGAAGAAAGAACCGAAGUACCCGUUCGUGGAGGUGGAUUUCGAUUUGUGCGACGAUGACGAUAUGAAUUUGGGCGAGGCGCGGUUAUCCCGAGCGAUUGAGGUGAGAUAUCACGAACCAGAAGAGGAAAUCGCGCGAGGUCCGGCGUGUUGGAUGUGGGAUUACCUUCGACGGUCCGGUGCGUCUGGGUUUUUGUUGCCGCUUUCUGGCGGCGCCGAUUCGAGCUCCACCGCGGCGAUUGUCGGAUCCAUGUGUCAAAUUGUCUGUAAAGCGAUUGAAGACCAGGCGACCAAUAGUAUAACUAGCACAAAUGAAGUAGAAGCAGAGUGCAGACGAAUCUGCAAGUUUACCGCGGAAGAAUCCAUCUCACCGACGAAAAUGGCCAACGCGCUUUUCAGCACCGUGUAUCUUGGCACGGACAACUCGAGCGAAGAUACGAGGAAACGCGCUAAAGACUUGGCGGAAGAGGUUGGUGCGAAGCACUUGAGCUGCUCCAUUGACACUGUUGUUGCCGCAAUCGUCGCGUUCUUUGCCUUGGUUACCGGGAAAACGCCCAAAUUCAAACUCUUUGGAGGUACGAACGCCGAAAAUUUAGCCAUGCAAAAUAUUCAAGCGCGCGUGAGAAUGGUUUUGGCGUUUCUCUUCGCGCAAUUGCUCCCGUGGGUGCGUGGUCAGAACGGCGGAUUUCUCCUCGUUUUGGGAUCUGCCAACGUAGACGAAGGUUUGCGAGGCUAUUUGACCAAAUACGAUUGCUCGAGCGCGGAUAUCAAUCCAAUCGGCGGCAUCUCAAAGGUGGAUUUGAAGAAAUUCCUCGUUUGGGGCGCCACGCACUUGGGGUACCCGACGUUGGCGGAAGUCGAACAAGCGCCACCAACGGCUGAGCUCGAACCGAUUACGAAGGAGUACAUCCAAUGCGACGAAGUAGACAUGGGGAUGACGUAUGAUGAGCUCGGGACGUACGGCCGAUUACGCAAAAUUGGAAAACUUGGACCGGUAUCCAUGUUUCGUCGAUUAUGCGGCGAGUGGAGUUCGGCGGAUCCGUCCGCGAAUCGACAGGCGUUGAAACCUCGGGAAGUCGCCGAAAAAGUGAAGAAGUUUUUCUUCUAUUAUUCCUUAAAUAGACACAAGAUGACGACGAUUACGCCGACAUAUCACGCCGAGAAUUACUCUCCGGACGAUAACCGAUUUGAUUUGCGACCGUUUUUGUACAACGUCAAAUGGCCAUGGCAAUUUCAGAGAAUAGAUGCGAUGGUUGCAAAAGCCGAAGCGAUGUAG